AAAAGUGAAUUAAUAAAGAAAACAUUUCACAAAAGACAACCAAAUUGGGGUCUUUAGUUUCUUUUCUUUUUGGCAUCAAAUUUUAAGUAUGAAGAUAUAAUGGAUUUGUUAUGGGAUCAACAAAUUGAGAUAUAACCGCUACAUAAAGAAGAAGAUUUUGAAUGGCAGGAUUCUGAAUCGCUUGGCGGGAACUAAUUUUGCUUCUGGCAACGCUGCAAUCGAAAAUCGAUUGUCAUAUUAUCGUUUUGCACGGUUGCGACAUCUAGCCGAAGACAAAGAAGAGCGCCCUCUGGCGAAGUGACCGAUCAGCUCGAUGAAGAAUAACAACAACAAAACAAAAACCUAAAAAAAAAAAUAGUUGAUUUCGCUUUAUCGCGAAGAAAUCAAACUUUUUGGUGAGCGAGAGUGAGAGAGGGAAACACCGAGGAACUGCAAACAACCGAGCCAAUUUCAUAUUAAUGGUGCACGCGGGACGAUAAAUUUUGGAUGUCCGCGUUAGCGCCAGAGCUGCCGUCGAUGAAAGGCGCGAUUUCCGCAAAUGUGGAUGGACAUGUGGAUCCAUAUGAGGAAUCGAGCCCAUUGGCAUCGACAGCAAGGAGAACAGCUGCUGCAUCCUCAUCCACAUCAACGUCGUCUCUGCAUGAGCCAACGUCUUGCGACCUGAAGCUCGUUUGGUGCAAUAACAACAACAGCAGCAGCAAUAAUGGAAAUCAUCUGGACUUCAGUUCAUCUUCCUCAUCGACUUCGCUGUCAUCAGUGCUGCGUAAUGUGCACAACGAUUGGAUAAGCAAGGGAGGCUCCCAGCCCCCAAUUGGUCAUGCUCGAAAGAUAUAUCAGGCCAAAGGUGCAACUGGCGGUGGCGGUGAAGCGAAUCGUGCUGCCAACGAUGAUGAUCUGCGUCUCACCAAGAUCAUUCGUAGACUGCAGCAGGAGACAAAUUCCACUGCAGCUCUCGAAUUGUGCCAUAAAUUGGAUUUGGCUGUGCGCAGUCCCAUGAAUAUGGGCUACUUGACACGAUCCUUUGAUUCGAUCCUGGAGAGCCUAUUGCCAUUGUAUAAGCAAUGUCCGCCCCCUGUGCUAGAAGAGUGCAGCAAGGCAUUGGGCCUGAUGGGCUAUAUAAAUCGGCAGUCCUAUCCGAUUUACCAUGAAUUCAUAUUGAAACAUUACAGAGCCAAUAAAAGGAUGCAGAGAUAUUUGAUUAUCGCCCUUCACACAACUCUUAGUUGUGAUACGAAAUGCGAUCUCCACAUAUAUUCGGAGAAAAUUAUGCUGACGCUUAAAGAUUUUCUGGAGAAUGCCGAGAGUGCCGAUACUUUUAUGGCAAUCAGUGGCACUCUGGUGCACUUUGCCCAAUGCUAUCGCCAAUCCUUUGAGAUGCACUUCACCGAUGUGGUUGACAUCAUCAUUGGCUGGCAAUUGGAAACGGGCCAGCCGAAACAAUUGAAAGCCCAUUGUGCCCAGGUGCUGGAGCAGCUGACCCCGUACUUUAGCAAACAAAUGGACUUUAGCUAUGGCCUGCUCGCCCAAUUCGUGGAGGACAUAACAGCGGGCAUUGAGGAGAAAAACGACAUUCAUGAGAAUGGAUACGUGGGCCCAUCUUCUGGUUGCUCAGAGCGCAUUGGUCUGUUCGUGGGCGCAUUUAAUUCCCUGCUAAAGUGUCUGGCACGCAUGCAAGUAUUUGUUGGUAUACCCACGUGUGAGUCCAUUGUGGCCACAGCUGUGGAUCACUUGACGAAAUCAUUGGUGCAAUCUCUAGUCGGAAAUGGCCAAGAGUCGUCGUCUCUGGCUGCAUUGGUUAAUAUAAAUGAGCUGUUGUGCAUUUGUCUAAUGAACAACUAUCGGGGAUUGGAGCCCAGCAUUCUGGAAGAGGUUAUAGUUGCGGAGUUCGAGCAAGUGCAUCGCUUGGAGGACCAGCAGAGGCGCAGUCUGCUCUAUCUGCUUCUCUGUACAGUGCGUAAGCUACGUGCUCGACUGCCACCCAAUCUCGUGCAGUUGAUCUUUCUAUUCCGUUCGGAACAUUGCGGCCAAACUUACUUGGGUCAAGUUAGACUACAAACCGGAUCCAUACCAUACAAAUUGUUGUUGCGCACCUGCCAGGAGACAUUAAUGAUUAAGAAUGUACCCCUGCUGCAGCAGGCCUAUAAACAUCUGGUGGAAGACAUCGAUUACUGCCUCCAGGAGCUCUCCAACUCAGAGCACUCGCUGGCUGACACCGAGGAGGCGGCUCUGCUGCUCAUCUUUCAUCUGGGCGCUUUGGGUGCUCUGGCCAAACAAACAUCUUCCAUUAUUGGCAUGUAUGCCUGCAAACCCUCAAUCCUGGAGCUGCUCAUACGGAAUUGCCGGGCCGACGACCUGGCCUUGUGGUCUCGCUACCCCGGGACAUAUGAGGCCAUCUUGAAUCUGUUGGCCACCCAUUGUCAGGCCAAUCAUAAUUUUCGUACCACUUCCAGUCUACUGCGCGAUGGCAAUAUACAAAACCCGGAACACACAUCGCCAACGGCCCAGAGCUUUGAGACUAUAAUCGGAUUUCUGGCCCGGAAUCUAGAGCAUUCGUUGCAAUUGACACAGCAGAAUUUAAAAUUACUGCUACGCUGGACCCACUCCCUGCUCGACGAGUGCCGAGAACGUGCCUCCACCUUACUGGAGCAGCCGGAUUUUAUGUCCAUAUGCCGGAGUGUUGCCCAAAUAGCCACGAAAUGGGGCCUCCUGGAAGCAGCCGCGUGUAUUCAAUCCGUAUUGGGCUAUGGCCUCACUUCCCAGCAGGAUCCGUUGUUGCUGCUCUAUCGGGAUGCCGCACUCCAACAAAUCAAAUGGAUUCUGGCGAGCAAUCAAUUGACCGUCUUUGCCCAAAUCUAUGCUCAAUUGCCGCUUCAUGUGACGCUCUUUGCUGGCGGUGUGCCCAGUCCAAGGAUCUGCCUGUGGCAGCAGAAGAUCAGUCAAUGCAGUUCUGUCCGUGAUACCGUGUUUCGGGAAUUCUUCGAGCAUCUGCAGCAAUCGGAGCAGCAGCAAUUGAAUCAAUCAUUGCGAGACCUAUUCGUGCGAAGUUGUCAAAUCUCGGCCAUGGAUGAGCGUCAGGAGAUGCUGUCGCAUUGCAUUAGACGGUGCCAGAGAUUGGCUGCGGCCUGGAUGCAGUUCGAGGCGGCUCGUUAUUGUGUGGAUCAAAAGCUAAGGACGACACUGGGCAAACCGCAGGACACAUUCCUCGGAUUCGAGGCCAUAAUUAUGAGGCAUGCCCGUAUGCUGAGCGGCUGUGCCAAGGAGGCCGAGCGCAUCGAUCCCGAUGGACUCAGUUUGAUGCAAUUGUCCAACAUGCAAAUGAAUCUAAAUAUGCUUUUGGGUUUCCUUGAUGCCCUCGAGAAAUUGAUCUACAAUGCAGCCGAGGGUACAGCCUUUGCCCUCCGGGCGCCCGAGAAGCCAGUUUCGGCAUUCUUCAGACUCAACAAUCCCACAUGCCAGUCCUGGUUCAAUCGCAUACGCAUCGGAGUGGUCAUCAUAGCCAUGCAUAGUCAGCAGCCGGAGCUGGUCAUACGUUAUGCCCAGCAAAUACUUGUGACACAGAAUCCUCAAGAUUGCUCCUUCAGCCAGGCUAUUGUCUAUUUGGCCUGGGCAUGGAUAUGCUGCCAAGAGGCCGAUUCAUUGCGUGGUCUUUAUCUGUGGGCUCGCUGCAAAGUCAGUGGCAAGACGUUUCAAUGGCUUCACUGCGCUGCGGAUCAGGCAGCUGGUCGCAAGGAAACAGCCUUGUCGGGUUACAGUCAGAUUCUGGCAGAAGAUGAUGCCGAAUUGGAGCCCCAUACGCGGCAAUUUGUUAUAGCCCAAAAGAUGCAGUGCCUCCAGGAUUUGGGUCGUUGGUCUCGACUGGUUGAACUGAAGCAGAAGCAUCUUAAUCGCCCCGAGGAUAGCGAGCUUAAUCCUUUCCUGCAACGUAGCAAUGUGGAGGUGAGUGCUCUAGAGAAACUGUUGGCCAAGAGUGAGGAACUGUCCUCCAGUUCGGAGGAGUUGAGUGGAGCCAUGCAGCAGCUCAGUCUGUGGCCCAAGAACUGGGAUCGUGAUGGAGGAUCGAAGCGUCAUGCCAGCUGCUCCUCUCGUCAUGUCCGCCAGGAAUUGGAGAACUUGGUGCUGAAAAAACUGAUGCGAUUCGAACAGAAGGAUGACGACUUGCAGCCCCUUUUGGAUAUGCACUGGCGGGAAAGCUUGCUCAAUCCCAGCUGUGAUCCACAGCCCAGUCAAGAGAUGAUUCUGCUCAAGCACGUUGCCCAGCAAAUGGAGAGCCAGCAACAGCAGCAGCAAAUGGAUUUGUGUAUGCUCCCGUCGCCGGAUUGCAAACGCUCCUCGAGCAUUGGCAGCAGCAUAUUGAUACGUUGCAUGGCCUGGACGCAGUUACUCCGUCGGCAUUGCAACUCCAGUGGCGGCUCUUGGGCGGCACUGUGCCUGGCAGCGGCCACGGCAGCCCGCAAGGAGGGCAAUCCUCAGACCUGUCAGCAUCUAUUGGAACAAUAUUUUGGUCAAUCCUUUGAGGAUAUGACCAAGCAGUUGCCUCUCUCCCUCGAACCCCUGGACACGGAAAAUGAGCAGCUAAUGCUCGGUUAUAGCGAACUAGCCAAAUGCCUGCAAAUGCAGGGAAACGAUCCCAAUGCUUCCAUCAAUGUUUGCUCCUCCCUUUGCCUGCGCAUACAAAUGUCUAGCUCUGCCGCAACUGAGAGCGCUUCCUGUAUAGCAUCUGGACUAUUGUUGACUUUAUCCGAUUGGAUUUCGGCCCGCAGUUGCAGCGGCUUGGCCACAAAUCUCUCGCCAACAUUGCAACAACUGGUCAAAGAAUUGCCCGAGUGUCCGUUGACCAAAAACUCGUCGUCCCUGCAGCCGCCGCUGAGCAUACCGCAGGGCGAGCGCCUGGUGGCUCGUCUCAUUCAUGCAAGCCUGGUGCAAAAGCCAAACUGUGAGGAGGCCCUCAUAGCCUAUGGCAAUUGGUGCUAUCGUUGGGGCAAAAAGAUCGUCGACAGCGGCUGUGUGCUAACCCAAGCGGAUGUGGCAGCCAUUGGCCAGGCUUGUGGUGGAUCUCUGCCGCUAGACGGUGAAAGAAUGGCCGAACUGGUGCAGAUUCUCAGCAUGGAGGCUGGGGGCGGCCUGGGCCUUGGCUGUGGUGAGAUUGAAGUGUGCCCAGAGACGGGCCGCAUUCGUGAUGAUGAGGCGGCCAAGGUGUGCCUGAGGCAACUGAGCGUCCUGGCCGAUAAGCCCAACAGUGUGCUGGACGAGAUCCUAAUGAUUUGGCGGCGAGCCAUUGCCAAUACCUAUGAUUACUAUAAGAAUGCGGCCAAAUCGUACUUCCAUUAUCUAAGUGUUAAGGCGGGAACUGCCACCACAACCAGCGCCAGCGGCAACACCAUCAGCAGCGAUUGUCCGGGAAGUCAAACGAAACGGUUUCAGGUGGAUGAUAGCAAUAUGGUUACCACCACGCUCCGCCUGCUGCGACUAAUUGUCAAGCAUGCCAGCGGAUUGCAGGAUGUUCUGGAACAGGGUUUGAGGACCACACCGAUUGCCCCCUGGAAGGUUAUCAUUCCGCAGCUCUUUAGCCGUCUCAAUCAUCACGAGGUUUAUGUGAGAAAGAGCGUAUGCGAUUUGCUAUGUCGUUUGGCCGAAAGUCAUCCCCAGUUGGUCAUCUUUCCCGCCGUGGUGGGUGCCAAUCGUGAAGUGCCAAAGGAGAAGAGUGCCAACAAUAAAGAGGCGACUGCAGCCUCGUCGUCGUCGGCGGUUACUACCUCGUCCGCAUUGCCAAAUCUGAAAGAGGACUGUUGUUAUGGUUAUCUAAUUGGAGCCCUUCAUCAGCAGUUCCCCGAGGCGGUUCAACAUGUCCAGUUGCUGGUCAAAGAGCUGAGACGGGUCUGUCUGCUUUGGGAUGAGUAUUGGCUCCACUCGUUGGUCCGGAUCAACAAUAGUUAUGUGUGUAAAGUGAAUGCCUUGGCCACCGAAUUCAAGCCCGACGAUCAUGAGGGAAAGAACAAUAGCUUCAAUAGCCUGCGACCGCAAAUCCUUGCCGAUUUAGAGGCAGUGGUGGCCUUUACUUCGCGUCCUGCCGAGACUAGCUACGAGCGAAGUUUUAAGCGCAGUUUCGAUGGCCCCAUCAAGGCCACAUUAGAGGCAGUGCGAGGGCAACGUUAUCCGGACGCCUGGGAGAAGUUGAAGCAGUUAUAUAACAUCCUACAGGCCAAUAUGAUAAGAGGCACAAGUAAUACCCUGAAAAUGCAGAGCUUAAGUCCUGUUCUCUGUGAGUUGGGGGGCAGGCGCAUCUCCAUGCCGGGCCUGGAUGGUGGCGAGGCAGUCCAUAUCGAGAGUGUCGAGGGCACGGUGUGUAUACUGCCCACGAAAACGAAACCCAAAAAAGUUGCCUUCUAUGGCAGCAAUGGACAACGCUAUACAUAUCUGUUUAAGGGCCUGGAGGAUUUACAUUUGGACGAGCGGAUCAUGCAAUUUCUGUCCAUUUCGAAUGCCAUUAUGGCGUGUCGAAGUGAUGCGCCCACCAAUUCCAUUGGCGGCUCCUAUCGUGCUCAUCAUUAUUCGGUCAUACCGCUGGGACCUCAGUCUGGUCUUAUCAGUUGGGUGGAUGGGGUGACCCCGCUCUUUGCCCUCUACAAGAAGUGGCAACAACGGCACAUACAAUCCCUUAAAAAUGGUCCCAAUGGCCCAUCGCGUCGCUUCACCGAUCUUUUCUACAGCAAAUUGACUCCACUUCUGGCCAAGCACAAUAUGGUGAUAGCGGAUCCCAGACGGCAAUGGCCCAUCUCGGCGUUACGACAGGUGCUGGCCGAACUGUCCAAGGAGACACCAAAUGAUCUACUAUCCAGGGAAUUGUGGUGUCAGUCCGGCAAUGCGGCCGAAUGGCGUCAAUCGGUACGGAAAUAUACCAUGUGCAUGUCCGUGAUGUCCAUGAUUGGCUACGUUAUUGGACUGGGCGAUCGGCAUUUGGAUAAUGUGCUAAUCAAUAUAAGUAGCGGUGAUAUUGUCCACAUUGAUUACAAUGUCUGCUUCGAGAAGGGUCGGACCCUGCGCAUACCCGAGAAAGUGCCCUUCCGUUUGACCCAGAAUCUGGUUAAUGCAUUGGGAGUGACUGGCAUAGAGGGCGCUUUUCGUUUGGGCUGUGAAUACGUGCUUAAAGUGAUGCGAAAAGAGCGGGAAACAUUGCUAACCCUAUUGGAGGCAUUUGUAUACGAUCCACUGGUGGAUUGGACUGUCAGUGAUCGCGGCGGUGUAAUGCUCAAUACCAAGCAGGCUCAACAGCACGACAUGAUCAUGAUCAAGGGUCACAAGAAGGACAAGACAUCGAAGGCAACGAAACUGCAUGACUGGGAGGCAAAGAGGCAGCAUUUUGUGGGUAAAUUGAAUCAACUGCAAAAAUUCUGGUCCCAAUACAAAAUCGACAUGUUGGCCCAGGUGACGGAAAUGAGCAAUGAGAUUGCCAAUUUACAGGUGGCUCAAUGUAAACAUCUAGCCUCGGAGCAUGAGCUGCAAGAGCUGAAUCAACGCAGCGCCCUAAUAAGCGAAAUUCAAUCCCUUGGCUCGGCCAUUGAGAGUCACAGCUUCAAUUCGGCCUCAAUGCGUUACAAGGUGACACGACGAAACACCGAAAUGCUGGCUAAGCAUUCGAAUCAACGUCAGGCCGAUUAUGCCAUCGUACAGUGUCUGUUGGAUAGCUACAAUCGAUGUGUACAACAGGGGCAUCUGUCCGAUUUGAGUGUCCAGUUGAUACAGUUCAAACUCGAGGGCAGCAAUUGGCAUAGUGAAUAUGUGGCAUUGGCGGAGGUUCUGCAAUUGCAUUUGCCUGGCCAGAUUUUGGCCAGCUAUGAGGCCACAAGAAACGAAAUCGAUGGCCUGAUGCACUGCAUCAAUGAUCUGUCUCUGCAGAGUGUGGAGCAUUUAACCCAAUAUGCAGCAGUUAUGGAAUAUUUCCCAGAGCAACAGUUCAAGGAGAAUAAUAUCUUUGUUAGAUUCAAUGAAUGCUUUACGGAGUAUCUAAAGGUCGAAGGGGGAUGUUCAUCCUCCUCCCUGGCCGCCUACUCGUCUACUGGAUCUACUGGAUCCACACACCGUAAGGAUCCGUCAAAUGCUUUGGCCACAGCCGAAAUACUUGAGAAUGUCUGGAAUUAUCUGCGUUAUCAAUUGGAAAAAGCCACACAACGUUAUAUCGAUAAGCAGGGUGAUUCUGUCCUCAUGUCCUCCAAAUCGUCAAUGAUCUUGAGAUUAAUCGAUCAGAGUGGUCUGGGUCAGGAAUUGCUCAAGGCCACUGUGUGUCGCACCUUGGACAGGGCCAGCAUGGCCUUCAAUUCGUAUGCCUCUUCGGCCAUGGUCAGCCAAAAUGAAGAUUUGUUACUGCAUCAGCUUCGAUAUAUCCAUGUUGUUCGCUCCAUGUGCCAAGGUGUCCUCAUCGAGGUUGAACAAUCCCAGAUCGCUUUGUCCCAGCUAAUUGAGCUGGAGAGUCUACUUGCUGUUCUUACCCAGCUGAAACAGAGUUUUGAGCGGGAUUUGCCUGCCAGUAUAUACAAGUAUCUCUUGAUUAAUACAAAUUGGGAGCUACUCACACGUCUGACUCACCUGGGGGCCAAUGAUCUGGCUGUACUAUAUAGCAGUGCCAUCGAAGUGCCCGCUGCUGGUGCUCAGACCAUAGAACAGAAAUUCCUACGGACCCUACAGCCGGCAUAUGAGCAAUUUCAAAUGCUGGCCAAAUCGCUGGGAAAGAUUGUGCGGAGUAUUAAGCUAAUGUUGGACGACAUGCAAGUGGAACAACAUUUGGAAUUGGACAUAUUCAAGAAUCAGAGUUCUGGGACGCUCAGCGAUAGCUGCUUCUUUGACUGUGUAUUGCAGACGCUAGAGAUUAGUCGCAGUUUCGAUUUACGCCAAAUGGCUUUGCCCAUAGGCAGUCUCGUUCAACGUCUGCAGGAUGAAUAUCUGGCCAGCACUUUGCCCCUUUUGGCGUAUAGUUAUUACAGCAGCUGUGGGCCACGUUGCCAAACAUUGCUGGCCGAGGAGGAGGCCUCACCGGAUGCUCUGUCCAAAGCGGAACAGUUGUGCGAUGGCCUCUUCUUGGCCCUGCAAAUGGAGACCUCCAUGCAGCAGCUGCAGGCCGAGAUUAGUCAAUAUAAUCAGCAAAUUGAAUUGCAGACUCUGAUCGCAUCGGCCCAUCACUGGGCCUAUGACCUACAAAUUGGACAAAUACGUUUUGCUCAUGUCAUUAGCCGGGAGAAACUGUGCACCGCAAUUUUUAAGAAUUGGCAGGAACUGGAGCGUCAUUUGGCAAGUGUGCAGCGUUUGCAGAUGAAUUUGGAAUCGCAGCUGGUGCAGCUGCAGAAUCAGCGAUCCAAUUGGAAUCGCAAUCACAUCGACAGCCUGUUGCGCAAUGAGCAAAUGCAACGGCAGUCGGCCGCUGCUCAUUUAGGUGUGGUCAGUCAGGUGAUGCUUGACUCCAGUACUGUGUGCCGGCUAGAGCAUGUGGCCGAGAAAGAUGACGAUCAGCUGUUUUUGCGUCAUCUAGAGCAAUGGCUGCAAUGCUUUAACCAAUGGCAGUCAAGCAGCAGUCGGCUUAGUCCUGUCGAACAGGCUCUGGUGCAGCUUCUCGAUCCGGAGGGGUCAAUCGAUCAGUGCUGGCUUCAGAAUGUUCAGGGUCUGCUGGAGGAGCACACCUGCAAGCUGCAACGUGAGAUUGCCGCCUUGGAAUGUGAGCAGCAAACCAAACACCAGUUCAUCUGCACUCUGCUCAGGGAGACGCAGCGUCUGCAGGAUCCCAUGCCAAGGGUACAUGUACGCAGCCUCUGCUCCGAGGCGCAGACUCAGGGCCAGGGCAAGCUAAUACCUCAGGAUGUGCAGCUUCUUUGUGGCCAUGUGCGAGACUGUCAACGCACAUUGCAGAAUUUCUUCCAGCGCCUUAUGGACCUGCGCAAGGAUCUGUGCGGGGAACGACGCAUGCCGCUGCAGCCAACGGUUCUGGAGAGUUGGCAACAGCAGCUGCUGCAAAUUAAAAAUGCUGCCAAUCAGGAAAUUGACGAAUAUUUCAAAAGUGUUGAAGAGUUCCUGCAAAAUGCCAACGAGGUUCAUUCUCUGCCCUAUGAGAACUUUGCCCACAACAAAGGUGCGGCCAAUCUGCACGAACAGAAACGAAAUGCCUAUGGCGUAUCCGUUUGGAAGAAGAUACGCAUGAAACUGGAGGGUCGCGAUCCGGAUGGCAGUCAACGCAGCACGGUGGCCGAACAGGUGGACUAUGCCAUUCGCGAGGCCACCAAUCCAGAUAAUCUGGCUGUACUCUAUGAGGGCUGGACACCAUGGGUCUAGGACAUAUAUCACACUGGGGUCACAUUCGGGCCCUCGUUAAAUGUUUUCACACAAGGAACUGCUACAUUUUUCGGGACUUAACUUCAAAAAAAAGGGGUCCAUGCAUCCAAGCAACAUAAAUGCCAAAUGUCGGCCAGCUGCUGCCCUAAGAUGCGUCGCCUGCCGCUCGCCGCCUGCCGCCUGCCUUGCCUAUAGUAUCGGGCCAGCGGCCAGCGCGUUCAAAAUCCCCUUUUCAAAAAAGUAAACGGAAAAAGUAGUUAGGAAUGCGCUCCAUCCCCGGACGCGGACUCUUUGGAGCCAGGCCAUUGUGCAAAUUCAUUCAAUGUGGUUUACGUAUUGGGAGGCAAACCAGAUGAUCACUGAACUGGAGUCGGCUGUCCAUAGCAAGAAAAACAACAAAAAUAAGAAGAACGGAGAAAAAACGAAAACAAAACA